UACAUUAUUAUACUCUUUGGUGGUAGGUACUGUAAAUAAAUUGUAAUUGUAAACUCAACAAAAAUAUCAAAUUAAUAAAAAUAAGACGUCGCGUCGUGCUCUUGAGUAGUCGUUAAUUAAGUUAAUAAAUUCAUAAAAUGUUGAACCGUUUAAAUAAAAUUCUGUUUGAUUUAAGUAACCUAACUCCAGUUAUUUUUAAUGUUCAAACUUUCCACACAACGACAACGAGAACAGCUUGGUCAAAAUCCAAUUUACCUAAAAAAUUUAUUGCUUAUAAUAAAAAAAUAUAUCCUCCACAAGACCCACAAGAAGAACCACGACCUGCGUUUGUGUGCCACCAAAAGACAAAUUUAAAAUAUAGUCACGAAAAGCUGUGGUACAUUGCUUGUUUUGUGAGAGGUAUGACAGUGGAUGAAGCAGUGAAACAAUUAUCUUUUGUCAAUAAAAAAGGUGCUGGAUUUGUUAAGGAGGCAAUACUUGAGGCUCAAGAACUUGCUGUCAAGGAUCAUCAUGUUGAGUUUAAAAGCAACUUAUGGGUUGCGGAAUCCUUUUCUGGAAAAGGUCCUGUAAUAAAGGGUAUCAGGAGACAUGCAAGGGGAAGACUUGGGGAGGUACGCUACCAGUAUUGUCACUACUUUGUAAGACUUGAAGAAGGGAAACCACCAGUGGAUUACUAUAAAAAAAAUCCCUUGCCACCACAACAGCAACUUGAUUUGUGGAUGGAACAGAUGAGGAAACGAAAGAUUAUCAACUCAUUCUAGAGCGAGACACAUGUAAUAAUUAUAGAUAUUGAUUAUAGUUGAAUAUACUCUUAAGUUGUAAA